CCAAGAAAAUACCGACCAAAAUUCUGGAACUUUGGGCUCCGACGAUGGUGUUCUCCUCGAAUCCAUUAGCCCUCAGCGUCGCCGACACCGCCUUCGACUCAUGGCUUCGGGAUUCCGGCUACCUCGAUGUCAUCGACAACCAACAUAGCACUGCGACGGAGGCCACCGCACCAGCGUCUUCGAUGACAGGCGCCACAACCUCACUCACUAAAUUUAUUUUCGGUUUGUUGGCGUCUCUGGUUUCUAAAGUAUGGAUUUUGAUAUCUCUCGUCAUUUUUAAUCCCUUCUCCAAGCUAACCACAGACGAUUUCUCCGGUGAAACUCCGUCCUGGACCCGUUUGUUCUUCGGGGAUGUUGGGUCCUAUUCCUUUCCGGCUUCUGUGUCUCAGGGGAAGCUCAGGGUUCAUGAGAAUGUUAAGCGUUACGCUCGCAAUUAUAUCUCGCUUUUUAUCCUCUUCUUUGCCUGUUCUCUGUAUCAGAUGCCACUGGCGCUUGUUGGGUUAAUAUCAAGCUUGGCACUGUGGGACAUUUUCAGGUUCUGCAGCGAAAGGUGGGGAUUGGAUUGUUAUCCAAUGGCUCGGCAGAUACUAGUCCUCACAGCCCAGUGUGCUACUGCAAUCCUUCUGAUUUUUUUGAACGUUCAAAUGGCUCUAUUUUGUGCUCUCAGUGUCAGUUAUUCAGUUAUGAUUUUGCAUGCUGCAUUUCGGAAGCUGACUCCAGUAAAGCAACCCUCCAGAGGUAGACAGAAAUAGAAAGUUGCAUCAAGAAAAACAAAAGGAUGGGUUCUUCCAGUUGGAGGUUUCAUUUUACUAUAACAGACCCCUAGUACGGUUUUCUCAAACAAGGGGAGUGAGGUGUAUUGCCUAUUUAGCCAGUUUCUGAGAAUCCAGAUGGUUGAGGUUCUUCAUUAAUUAACAUUAACUAGCACAGCUAGACUGGUUUCCUUUUCUUCAAUUGCUGUAAUUGAAUGGAAUACAUUUACUUUUUUGAGCAGCAAGACAGGUUGCUUGCACUCAUCCUUGCAAUCUUUUAUAAUGUACAGUUUUCAAAAGGUGUAUCUUCUUUUGUCUCCUUUCUUGGGCCUUCCACAUCUUCCUUUA